ACCCCAUCCACAGUACUUCCAUCCAAAGCUAUCUCUUGCGCUUACAUUAGCCCUACAUAUUUCUUUGCAAACUUCCUGAUCUCCACGGCACACACCCGCAACAUGCGAGUUACCACUUGUGCGUUGCUUUUCGCGUGCUUUUUGCAAGCAUUGGCAGGGCCAUCGCAGCUCUUGCAGCCCCGGGCUCCCGCGGACCAAGGCUUCUAUUGCUCCGUAGCAACUGCAAGGUCGCUCGCGGUUUGCAUUACCUACGCUGACAAUAUGGGCAAAAGAAAACAUUACGCCGCAGAGAAUAACCACAUCGAAGAACCACCAAACCCCAGUCACUAUCAAACUUGUCGAAACGGCUACCAUCCCGAAUGCUGCCUCAUCACCAUAGACCCUUACCUUCAGAACCCCAAUACUCAAAUCCCGAGUGAUAUUUACUCCAACAGCUGCCAGCCCCCUCCACGUUGAAACACCCACAUUUGAAACCACUUUGAAGCAGAAAGAAAAAGCACUCUGCUAUCUUGACCACCCUCAGUAUCCCAUUAAACAUUUUUCAUCACAUUCAAAAUUGCCAGUUUAUCAGGGUCAAUCAUAUUGCAUUAAAUGAGACGAACGUCCAUUCACGCUUUGCCCAAUCUGGAUAUGUUUUUUUCUGUCCCUUUUCCGUUCUUGUAAUCCUCAGAUAUACGUUGUUCCAAGCAGUAGAUCUCCAGUGAAUAGAACACUAUAUUCUGACGUAUACAAUAACAACGCAGCUUGCCAUCCGACCUUUGAGCGUGGCAAUUGAAUUCCAUUAAAAAUUUCAAUCCUUUUUUUCCAUAUUGUUUCCCAACGUCUAGCUUCA